AUGAUAACGGGUUGCAACAUAACACCGGCAGGUACUUUGGUGGACUUACAUAUUGAUCAAGGCAAUCAUGUUAUCACAGCCCUUGGGUUGUGUGCCGUCAAGAUCUGGGCAGUAUACCCUCCAACUAAGCACAAUCUGGCUAUUUGGAAGGAGUGCCGAAGAUCCAAGAAUAUCUUCCUUGACUCCGUGACGAAGCUGGAGUACGGCAAAGUUUGUAUCCAACCUACAGACAUGGCAAUAUACCUUGGGCCAGGUUGUCUGCACUCUACCUAUACUUUGAAAGGUGGCAUAGUUCCUGGAAUAAACUACACCACAAAGCAGUGCCUGGAAGUCAUCAUGACUCUCAUGGAGAUCGAGCUGCUUCACUUCGAAACACUUGAGCCUGCGGACAUACAGCCUGUGCUCGAGACCAUCAUUCUGUGCCUUCCACCAGGCUCUGGGAAACGUUCCGAGGCACUCCUAGCUGUUUGCAAACUUUCAAAAACAGCCCCGUGCGCCAACCUUGUUCAGCAUCCUGGUCCUGCAUUUUAG